GCUCGACGCGGGGCCGGGGCCUGAGCGCGGUGGCCGAAGGAGCAGCGGGUAAGACUAAAUCCAGUUCUAGCCCCACCUACGGCUUUUAUAUCUGCAUAUAUGAUUACAUAUCUAUAUGGGUAGAGGUACUUCUAAGGAUCGAUCCCACAAUGAGAAAUCAGCCAAUUCCCGCCUGCGAAGGGGAUAUUAUACACACGGAUCUGCGGCACGCCUGUGCCGGCUGUGACUUCUCAGUCGAAUCAAGGCACGGUACGAAGGCAGACCCUGACUUCUCCAGAAGAAGAGACCUGCCCAGUAACCCCUGGGCUCUGCACCACGCUGCGCAUCUGCAAGGACAGCCCGGCCCCAGACUCUGCCCCGGAGAGUUAGAGCCCAAGGAGGAGUGCUGUACAGAGAGACUGGUGCUUGCCCAGCCAACAUUUGUUUUUGAAAGGAAGGGCCGUCCUUUGAAGCGGCCUGCAGAAGACCCAGUUUGCAAAGCUGAAAAUGAUUUCAUUAGUUGUUCCAGAAAACGCGCAAGAUCGUCAUCUUUUACUCACCAGAAGUCUGACUCUCAGUUUAACACAGAUCCAACUUGCACUCAAAAAAGAGGGAGAUCGUGUUCCUUCAGCAUACUUCCUACUUUCCCUCCCUCCCAGCCAGUAAAGAAGAAUAACAUAUUCAUGACCUCAGCGCUUCUUCAAGGAAACACUGAUCUGAUCAGCAGUACAAAACAAGGAUCCUUGUCUCAAAGUCAGUUGCGGAGCAUCAUUAGACCUGCCAUUUUACAGCCCCCACAAGCCCUGACCUGUCCUGAAAGUCCUGUAGUAUCUCUUGUGACUGAGAAAGAAGCACUUGUUAAGGUAUCUGAAGACAGCUCCUACUGUUCAGCUGAGAAUUCAGUAAGUUCCAAAACAGCAGCAGGAUCAUCUAUUACUGUGAACCUUUCUAGCUCUACAACACCACCAAUUCGGUUGUUUGAAGACAGGAAUGUACAAAACAUCAGGAAUUCUGAUUUUGUGUUUGGAGAAAACAUGGUUGAGAGAGUUUUGAGUCCUGAGAAGCGUCCCAAGGUGUAUAACAAAGCCAGUUCAUACAAAGGGGAAAUAACAUCCACGCACAUAGAACCUUGUCACAUCAGUCCACAAACAAAAACAUCUCUGUUGAAGAAUGCAACACUAAUUGAAUCAGCAGCCGCUUGUAUUUCCAAGCCAGUGGAGAAAAUUCUGUUAGCUAAAAUUGAAGUUAUAACUGGAGAAGAAGCAGAACACAAUGUAUUACAGAUCAACUGCAAGCUCUUUAAAUUUAAUAAGCUUUCUUUAACUUGGAUUGAAAGAGGCAGAGGCUCCCUGAGGCUUAAUGACACUUCUAGCAAUAAACAUGGAAUGCUGCAGUCAAGGCUAAUUAUGCGAAAUCAAGGCAGUUUGAAACUUAUUCUCAACACCCGACUCUGGGAGCAAAUGGUUAUAAAAAGAGCAAACAGAAAGAGCCUGUGCUUCACUGCAACAGCCCAAGAGGACCACUCUGUUCAAGUAUUUCUAAUUCAGGCAAGCUCAAAAGACAUUGGAUACCUGUAUGCAGCAAUUCAUCACCGCCUUGUGGCACUGCGAAGCUUUGCUGAGCAAGAGCCAGAUGCUUAUCAAAUAGACACAGAGUCAGAAAUUGCCUUCCAGCCAUUUAGCAGUGAUGACGAAGAUGAUGAAAAAUUAACUCAAGUGAGCAGCAGUGGAUCUGAUCAUACUAGAUGGAACCACAGGCAGUCAGUAGCCUGCUCAUGACACCUACCAGAAUUUACAACAGCAUAGUUGAGAACUCAUCUUCCCAAAUUGUCUAAACUGACUCACUGAGGAUGGAAUCAGGUCCUGAAGGAAUGAAAACAAAUGCAUUUUGCUUAUGACUUUUAAUCAGAGAUUAAUAUUAGGGACACCUUAAGUUUAAUACAUUGAGAAAGAACUUGAGAUGCACUUUUGGGGAUUCUAAUAAGCUGGCUUUGCACUGAAAUGCGAAUGACAGAACGGUAUUGAAGAAGUGUUACAAAGGCUUCAGAUUUUAGAAUUAAAUAUAUUUAGAUGCAUUAUUAAACUAAGGAAUUACAUAGAGAAUAAAAGAUUUAUUCAUCAUAUUGAUGGAUAAAACCACAUAACCAUAAACUAAUAAUACAUGUGAAGAGAUUUUCAUCUUUAUUUAAGGGAUACAGUUUAAGACCUUUAAACUGGGCUUCUCUGCAGACAUGUAUUAAAAACUGAGUGGCAGUGUUCAGCAUCCUGCCUAUGGUACAUGAAGUAGAACUGUGAGUGGCAGUUUAGCAUGGCCAAGGUCUACAGAAACCAGGUCUAUAGAAAUUAGGGAUUUUUGUCAGUUUGUUUUGAAAAUAUCUGGAGUUGUAGGGUGUUCUUACAGGGUAGAGAACCAUGGUUUGCCUUUACAGCAGUAAACACCAAGAGAAUUCACCACAAAGAACUGCAAUCAGGGUCUAGGGGGUGUAUGAGCUUUAAAAACUAUAAAAGUGUAUCUGCCUUUGCUCAUGAACACCUUUUCAGUUGCACUGAAAAGCAGUUGCACUGUUAAUUGUCCUUUUGAUACUCACAAAUAAAUGCAUGCACAGUAUAGCUGGGUAUCUGCAUAACAUUUUUUCUUAAACAUGUGAGACUACCUGAGAUUACUUCUGCCUUAGUGAUAGCUAUCCCUAAACAGUGUCAUUCCUUGAAAUACAUGAAUGUUAUACAUCCUGAUGUGUGCAAUAAUCCAAACAGUGCCAAAGACCUGCUCACUCUGUGAAAGGGAUUGCACAAAUUACUGCCUAACCAUUCUCAUGAGGAAUUAGGAAAAUUUUCUCGAAUGCCACCUGUGAAUUAAGACUUUCCAGAUCAUUCAUAAGCCUGUGCACAGUACAGAUGCACACACCAUUUAUGCUGUGUUGUCUAUUCAUUGUCAAAACAUAAAGAAAACAUGUCUGUAAUAAUUCUGCUGCCAUUCUGUGCUGUCUUGUGUGCUGUUGGUUAUCAAAUAUUAUUUGUCAUCCUCAGAGAUGAAACAAUGUUCUGAAAUAUCUGAAGGCCUAUUUAUUAAGGUAAUUGUAACAAUUUCUCAUUCUUAAAAGCUGUAUCACACCUGAAGAGUCAAAUUACAAUCUAGUUCUCCCAUCUGAACAUAUGUAUGAAGCUGGGAGACUAACAGCUUCUUCACAAUUUCUCCAUGCCCUGUCAAGAUGAGCGUCCAAAUGAAGCUGAACUAGCAUCUAGAUUACACUGAAUCCUAAACAGCCUGCUGAAACUAGCACUUGUCUGACAGUGAUUUAGCAUCUGGAUGACAGUAAAGUGAAGUGAGACUGGAAUUUUGCCUUUAGGAAAAGAGAAGUGCUUCAUAAUAGAGGACCUGUGUCAGACAGCAAAGCACUGGGAUUCCCUUUGACUCUUCAGUUUGCCAAUAACAAAAAUGUUCUUUCUGUAACUAGCUGUACAGUGUGUC